AUGGAGGUGUGCAAGAUACUUUCAGGAACUUGCAUCAUUCCAUUGGAUUUUUACAAAUACUAUAUGGAACAGCCGAUAGGCUCAUCUGGGAGCACAAGGGACUCCGCACAGGAUGCCACCAGCCCUCCGGGCUCCACCUACCUGCCGCGGGGCUGUCAGGGUCCCAUCCACGUCAAAGAGGCAGAGCGCUGGGCCCGGAGCCGCCAUGACCGCGGUAUCCGCCCUCAUCUGUCUGAAAGUACUCGUUGGCACCAGGAAACUCAGCCCGGAAGUUCCGGUUCACCUCCUACACCCCAAGACACGUCGGGAGGGAAUCUCCCACAAUGCCUGGGAUUAGCGCCCGCUAAGGCCUCUGGACCACAAUUUCCGGAGUGCGACGCGUGUACGCGCGCUUCGUACUCCCGAGCAUGCGCCCUUGGAGGUUCCGGGGGCAGCCGGGAUUUACUUCCGGCAGCAGGCGGCGGGGCCAUGGCUGCCCUCCUGCGAACUGUGCUGAGGUUGCAGGGGCCAGGGCCAGGGCCAGCUGCAUGGGGAAGGCCUUUUCAUGAGCUCUGGUACUUCAGUAGACAAGAGCAUUCCAAGAGGUGGGUGGGGAGCAGGUCGCCCACCUCAAAGGAGAAACCACCAGGCACAGAGACGGAGAAAUUCCACAUGGUCUACCGUUUUGAUGCCAUCAGGUCCUUUGGGUUCUUGUCUCGGCUAAAGGUAGCACAGACUGCCCUGACAGUGGUGGCCUGGCCACCGGGCUUCUACUUGUACUCCCAGGACCUCAUAACUUUCAACUCUCUGUGCUUCAUGAGCGGGAUAGCUAGCUUUGCCCUGGCUAUGCUGUGCUGGAUGAGCUAUUUCUUCCGGAGACUAGUGGGCAUCCUGUAUGUGAACGAGUCUGGCACCAUACUGCGAGUAGCUCACCUGACCUUCUGGGGCUGGCGGCAGGAUACAUACUGUCUUGUGGCAGAAGUGAUACCCCUGACAGACACUGAGGAAUGGUCACAGGAUGUGUUUGUGCGUAUCAAGCAGUACAAUGGGAAGCAGACCUUCUACCUCACUCUGCGCUAUGGACAGAUCCUGGACAGAGAGCGUUUCACAGAGGUGUUUGGUUUGCUGGACAGGUCCAGGUGAACUACUGGAAGCUGGGCCACCUGGAUCUCUUGACAGGGAGGCCAAGGGUAUGGGCUAGGCAAAAGAAGGGGAUCGAAUUCCUGGAAAGUUUGCCAUGGACCUUAGGAACGUGUUUUAAUGGAUGAAGCAAUUUAUGAGGCAGCGCAGGUAACCAGAUUUAAGGAAAAGACUCCUCAUGCAGUUUCCUACUAUGCGUGUAUGUGACAUUCAGUCAGAUAAUGACCAGAGGUUUCUUCUAAGAGCCAGUUCUUAGAAGAAGCUUUGCCAAAACCACCCAGACUGUUCAUUGCUGUGAAACUGGAAGACAGAAGUGUGGUGGGGAGUGGGGUGUAGGGUUUGUCAGCUCUCAGCUCCCUGUCCUGGGGCAGGUUAUUGAGAAUGACUGAACCUUGGAUUUCACGUCUGUAAAGUGGAAAGUGCUGUCUCACAGGAUGGGUAUGAGAAUCAAAAAUAAAUGUCAUGUGUGUUGCAAGCUCA